CAACUCUCUCCCCUGCUCCAUUCCAGCCCCUCCCAAGUUCUCCUUCCGCCUCAGUCCCUUGCUUCCCUUCCCCCUCCUCUCCUCAACCUCGCCCACCCCAAGCCCCCCGCACCUUCCCCCUCCCCUCAACGCUGUCUGACCCUUUAGCGACCCGGUAGCUCGCUUCCGGUAGUGAGGUUCCUGAGCGGAAAUGACGUUGACGGAGCCACAGGAUUCAAACUCCCGGAAGCGGAGGAGUGGUUGAGUGGAGGGGGAUUUAUAGCGGUAUCCUUGCUGCUGCCGCUGCCCAGAGCUAAGAUGUGAAAACAUUAUUUAAACUUGAAGCACCGCCUCUGUCUAAUCCCUGGAAGGAACUUCUUGUCUGUCCACUCCAAAGCCUCUUGGCUCCUUUGAGUGAGGAGGAUCUCUGCUACUCCAAAACCCAUCAGAAUGGUUCUAGGUCAUAUACUGGGCCUGCGCCAUUAAGUACCUUAAAGAGAAGAAGGGAAGACCUUGAAUUUCACUGGAUAUUCAAUGGGAAACCAGUGUAAGGAGCGAAGACAGUUUUGUGUGCACGGUAACCUGAGGUGUUGCUGAGGCAACAUGCUGAAGUGUUCUAUAGCCGCUGAAGUUUUCUAAGGGCUAAUGGUGCCAUCCCCAGGUAUACUCCAUUGCUGCACUCCAGAUUGGAUGUGACAAAGAACGCUUGGAGGAUGACAUCAAAGGCCACCAAAGAUAUAAUUACUGGCAAGUGGGGAUUCAAAUCUAGUAACUCCAAAUCUGAGACUGAGUUGGAGAAGUAUAAAAAAGAGAAUGCAGCCCUCAAAAAGUCAAUGGAGGAAAUUAUUAAAGGGAAAAGCAAAAUGACAGAUACUGAAAGGAAUAGACUUUUAGAGAAAAUACUUGCCCUUGAAACUGAAAAGGAAAAAUAUAUCUGUCGACUUGGGGAGAAGGAAAAAGAAAUCCAAAGCCUACAAGACAAGCUUAAAACCAGAAAUAAAAGUAGUGAUGUCACUUCACUACUUGGUCAACUUGAAGAGAAAACAAAGGAAGCAGAGAGGAGAGAACAACUACUUAAUUCCCUGUCAGAAGAGAUGGACCAUUUGAAGCAUAAUUUAUCUACAGUUACUGCAAGAUGCUCUGAACUCGAAAGCCGAGCCAGCACCUUCCAGUUGUCCCAGAAAGCUGUAAUGAACUGCACUGCAUCACCAAGUAAUCUUAAUGAAGUUGAAAAACAAUUGAAAGAUGCUCUGGAGAAAAACCAGCAGUGGCUGUUAUAUGACCAGCAGCGAGAGGCAUAUGUCAUGGGACUGUUGGCAAGGAUUUUUGAACUUGAGCAGCAGCUAGAAACAGUUAACCAACAGCAGGCAAAAGAGGCCACUGCAGAAGGUUACCUUCAAGAAGAAAAACAAAAAUAUUAUGAUCAGCUUUUACUGACUGCCAAGAAUGAUCUUGACACUGAAAGGCAAACUGUAACCCAGCUGAGAUCUGAACUUAAUGAAUUCAAAAAGAAAUAUGAAGAAACAAAACGAGAAGUAAUGAGUUUAAAUAGCUUAUUGCAGUCGCAAAACAAUGUUGCUAUGCAGGCUCUAGAAAAUGAAAAUAAAAUCAAAGGAGAUAAGAUACAGAGGUUAAAGGAAGAGAAUGAAACUACCAGAGAAAAGCUCAAAGAAGAAAAGAAGAAGACUGAAGAUCUCUUAUCUCAGGUCCAAUUUUUUCAUAAAUCUUUGUUAAAACGACAAGAAGAACACACCAGGAUAGCUUUGUUGGAACAACAGAUCCAAAUGUGUACUGCAGAUUUUGAGAAUGAAAAGCUUGAUCGCCAGAAGUUGCAGCAUCAGUUGAAUAAAGUUCUUAAGGAGCUACGCAAGGCAAGGGAGCAAAUAACACGACUGGAGCCCUUGAAACUCCAAGAAUUUGGACAUACAGAGCCAUCAAACGGUUUGCAAGCGGCAUUUGAAGAUAUGUUGACAAUAAAAGACAAAAAUCCCUCACUGAAACGUUCAAAUCUACUUGAUGAAAGCUUCCUUGAGUGUCCCAAAUGUAAAGUACAGUAUCCAACAAGCCAGCAUAGAGAGUUACUAGCUCAUAUUGAUUUCUGUGCAGAUUAAGCUCCAAAUGGAAUUGCAUAUGUAUACUGCAUUUUAAAUGCAGCCAGGAUUCUAUCCUACAAAAGGAAAAAAUGGCUUUUUAACUCCUUUUCUUUUUUUAAGGUUGUAUAAAAGACUAGCACAUUAGUUUCAUAUUCCAAUUUAACAAGAAUGGAAAAUUAUUGUAAUUUAUUUGGCUUUGUAUAAAUAUUUCACUCAGCAUUUUUGUGAAAAGUUAUCUGGAACCACAAGUUCAGUGAAUGAGAAUUUAUCAGAAAUAGGAAUAUUUUAAAAUGGUAAACUACUGACUUUGUUUUUGCACUAUUAAAGCUAUGUAUUGGGCCCAGUAGAAAUAACAGCUAACUCCCAUAAACCGUCUUCCUCUGUUUCCCAUACCCAGCUACCUUGCUCCACAUAAACAGGCCUCAAAAUGAAGAGUGACAUACUUCUAGAUCCUUAUAGCUAGAACCACCAUAACUGAGAAUAGCUCUAUACAUUUGGUUUUGGCCUAAUACAAUAGUUGCAUUCCACUAGAGAAUAGGUUCAACAUCUUGAUACCGUAAACUGUUUUGCAAGAGGAGUUAAGAUGUUUUUUCCUACUGAUGGGUGCUGUUUUCAAUGUGUGUCUCACUCAGCACUCGCUCCCUUGUAUCAAACAAUCUAGCAUGAGCUAAGGCUGUUAUGGAAAUGGUGGUCAGUGAGCAAACUCUUCUCAAACCAAUAUUAAAUGUGGAAAACAAAUUUCUUCCCAGCAAAUAUUAGUCUACUGAAAAAUUGGAAGCCCCAGUUUCAGAGAGCAACCAGGCACCUUUUUAGAAGCUGAAAUAUCAGUUAUGUUGAAGCACACUCCUGUUUGCACUUCUAUAUCCUACUUCUUAAAGUUGGGAAAUGUAACUUACCAGAAAACCUGUUUUACUUCUCUGCGGGUUUUAAGAGUCCCUAUUUUGCAAAUGGAAUAUUAAUAAAAUGCAGUUGGGUUUCUCAUUCUGA